AUGCAACAAGAAGAAGAGGAGAAGGAGGGAAAAGGCUCUGCCACGGAAGUUGAGCUUCUGGCUAGCCUCCUCGAGGCAGCUGGAAAACGGCUUGCCAAUACACCGCAGUAUCAACAGCAGCGGGAAGCAAUCGAGGCAACAACGGCGACAGAAGGGCAGAUCUUCGUCCCCCGCGUUCUGCUGGAAGAUGUAGCGGGAGCCGUUGCAGAGGGCCUCCUCAUUGCUGCUGACGUAGAUGCACUUGUGGACUGCGAAUCCGUUGAGGAGCCGCUUGUCGCCUCUGUUGCAACUGCAAGCCCAAAGGGUGUCCCUCUCCCACAAGAGAACGUGUCAGUGACAGCAGCAUUGCCUUCCCAGCCGCACGCAGAGAGAGACACCGUUCAUCAUGAGCAGCUGCAAAGCGAGCAGUCAGCAACGUCCGAGGACCUCCCCAUCAGCGCAUCAUCAUGCAUGCGCAUCCGGAUCGCAGACUUGGUUCUGAGUAUUCCAGAAUCAGCUCAGGAGAAGCAGCAGGCACUGCAGCAGCAGGAGCAACCCUCUACCUGGAGUCUGACCAUCGUUCUCCACGGGGAGCCUCCACGCAAUCGCGAGCUUCAGCGCUGGCGAAUUCCUCUGGUUCCCCCGCAAACCCCCACAGGCUCUGAGGGGAUCCUCGUACUAAUGCCUCCUGCAGCCUUCGGAGCAACUGGCCCUUCGCAUCUGUCUUUUUGCCUGAUCGAGGAGACGCGUGAGGCCUCCUGCCUUCUGGAGGAAAGAGCGCUGGCUAGCGCUAUUUUAGGCGUUCCUGGAGGCGCUGGCAAACCCGUUGCGGAGGCUGCGCUGAGCCUCCUGCUGCAUCAAGGGCCGCCUGACGAUCUGAUGCUCCCAGGGAGGCCCCUAGAGAGCGAUUCCGAAGCUCCUGCGUCGGAACGGACGUCUCCAACGACGGUGGCUGCGGCAUAUCCAAGCAGAAGCGGAGUUUCUCUGGGAUUCGUGCGCGGAAGGUUGCUGCUGUCGGUGGAGUUAAUAGCUGAAGGAGGCCCCUCGGAAGCGACCCCAUCGUGGGCUUCUGCAGUAUCCGAUCUGCCACCUGGCAUAUUCUUGUGCCGCUGGAAAAGACGCUGCAACAGCGAGGCAGAGCUGCCUGGACGGGGCAGUGAGGAGUGGGUAACAUGGGAAGCCCUCUGUGCCUCUCUGAGAGAUCAAGGGCCUCCGGGAUGCAUGCAGUUCGUCCAGAAGGCCGUCCGGGGGCCCCCUGACGCGCUUGUGCUGGCGAAGCCUUUCUUGACUCUUGCUGCGCUCCAGCAGCUUUCCCGAAAGCUGCAUCCCUUUCUGGGUGCUCUGCUUGAAGGUCUGCGUCGGCAGAAUCAACCGCGAGAGGAGGAGGCGUUUGGCUUUGGACUGCUUUCGUGGAGUGCCUUUCAGUCGCUGCUGCUUCGGUCGAUGGCUUCGGGGGCCCCCCAGAGCGCCGCGUGGGAUGGAACGCAGGCGUCUCCCGUCUCCAGCAGAAGCUGCGGCAGUGCCGCUUGCAGCAGCAGCUCGUCCCUAACAGCCGAGGAGUGGCUGUUGCUGCACGGGUGUAUGGCGUUCAGACAGGUGUGGAGGGCUCAGGGAAAGACUGUGGAGCUGUUCGAUCUGUGGAAUGCUGCACGCAGCUUUCUGUGCUGCCACUUUCUGGAGGCAGCCACCGCUGAGACGGAGGCUGCAACGCUGCGCCCUUCUUCGCAGAAAGCAGCAGAUGUCGGAACCAUGAAGCUCGCUCUUCGCGAACUCCUCGCGAUCUUACGACGAGGGCCUCGAAGUGCGCGAGACGCUUCAGACAAAGCGGCGAGGGGUACUUCGGAACCAGCAGUGGCGCUUGUGGCUGCAAGAGACGACCUCUCCGCAGAGGCGUCUCCUCCAGCAGCAGCAAUACAGGCCCCUAGAGAAGCGCUCUCGACUCCUGGCCUUCUUCGGGUGUCUCUUCGCGUUGGGGGCGCUCGGAAUCUCCGCCGCUGGGCAGGCCUUCUCCCCUCAACCUUUGCGACUGCAGCCAUAACCUUUGUGCCUGCCGUUGCUGCGUGCCUCUCCAGACUAUCAGAGAGUCUGUCUGAGGGGGCCUCUGCGGGGAAAGGCUGCCGAUUGCCCCUCCCUCCCGCGACUCAGGAGCCUCUGCUCUACGCGGAGCAAGGCGCGAGUGCCGCAGUCUUCAGGGAUAAGAACCCCCAGUGGCGGUGGAGUCUCAGACUGCAGGGGCCUCCCCACGCAUACAUGGACGCGGUUGUACGAGCUGUUUCAAGGGCUCUCUCAGAGGGCGCUGAGCUUCCCCCUGAUCAAAGAAACGCGGCGGCGAUGAUCCAAGAGGCUGCAAGGAAUCUCGCGCUUGCUCGGAGGCCCCUCAACGAGCGUCCAGCGGCAGCGACGGCUGCUGCCACAGCAGCGCUUCUGCCGCUGUUGGCGGUUCGUGUAACAGUGUGGCUGUUGGACGCACGCCCUGAGGGGCCUUUGGGGGCCCUACCCCUCAAUCCCGAUGCUCUUACCUUUCCCGCGAUGCUUGACGAUUGCACCGCGUUUCUCUACGGACUUGAGGGAUCCAGCGAAUCUUCUCUCCAGGAGAAGCCUUCCCUAAGGCACAGGCCUUGCGGAUGGCUGCCUAUGGGCCGCUUCUUUUUGCCUUUAAGACGCACGACUCCUGAUGAACUGGCCCCUCCCAAGCUAAUGAGCUACGUCUUGGAGCCUGUAGGGGCCGUCAGAACCUCCAGCACUCCUGCGGCGCUUGUGGGUCAGGCUGAAGAAGGGCCUUGCGGUCUAUGCACAGCCAGUGCCUCUGUUGAGUAA